AAUCAUAACAAAACACUGACCACAGCGAUGUAACGAGAAGGAGGACGGGCCACCCCUGAUUCCCCCCUCCCCUCCGACAACGUCCUCCCCACAGUCCUUUGCGGUGCCCUUGAGUGUCAUGGCGUCUCAUGUACCUACUCUGCACAGCAAGGUGGCCAAAUUGGUCAGCCGGCGCUACGGGAAACCUGUCCUCAAGCCGAACCGGCCUCUGGUGCUCGCUGACAAAGUCUCCAACCGGAGCUACAGGCUGGGAGAGGCAACCUGCAUAACUGAAAUGUCAGUUCUGAUGGCAUGUUGGAAAGAGAAUGCUUUCAGUGAUACAGUUUGUUCUAAGGAGAUCAAGAUUUUCAAUGAUUGUGUUGCCCAAGCACAGACUGCUCGAUUGUUAGGCCAAACUGAAGAUAAACCCUCAGGCUGGUUGGAUCCACAGCAAGCUAACAAAUUGCUUAAAAAGUUCCCAAAUAUCAAACAUGAAAUCUAGAAAACGACCUUGAAUUGCAAGUUACUUUGAAUUGUGGAAAACCUGGAACUUGCAGCACUGGAAGGCCCUGACCAGUGACAUUUGGGCCCUGUGUGCCCUUCUUCAUAAGGUGAUGGAUGAACAUUGCGAUGUUAAAAAAAAAAAAAAAAAAAAACCCAACUCUUUACAAUGCAAUUCUUAUAGCUUGAAUACAUCUUGUUAAUGUCUGAAGAGCCCUCAUCUACCAAAAUAAAUUAUUUUUAUACAUCUCUA